CUAAGAAUAAGAAUAUUUGUAAAUUUUUAUAUGAUUCGUUAUUUCGUUUAUUUCAAAUAAAAAAUAGAUAUCUUUAAUUUUACAAUACAAAAAUAUAUUAAUAUGCAAUAUCCAUAAAAAGAAAGAAAAUAAUAAAUAAUAAUAUAACAUAUAUUCAGUCUCAUCCGCUAUAUACAUAUAUUUAAAAAAUUAUAUAUGUGAAUUAUAUAACUAUUGUAUUUUAUGUAAGUUUAAAAUAUUUUAUUUAUUAAAUUGAUUUGUUUGAUUUGUUUUUAAAAAUAAAUAUUUUAUAAUACGAUAUUGUUAUUUCAUAUUUUUAACUUUUCAUUCAAUUUUUAAAUUGUACGGAUUGAAUGUCCAAUUUAACAUGUAAGAAUUUCGCAUAUCCGAAUACCAAAUAUCUCGAUAGUUACAAAUCAUAUCAGAUUGAAUAAUUGAUUGUUCGGAUGAAACAUAUUGGAUAACAAAUACAGACAAAAAUCUGGAUUUUUGAAUGCUUCCAUAUAUAUAUAUAUAUUGGUUCACCUCGGAACAUUGUACACAAGAAAAACACUAUAGUAUAUAUCUCUAAUACAUAUCUGAAUAUAAGAAAUUUUAAAAAUACCUUUUUUUAGUACCCAUUCUAAUAGUAAGACAUAUUUGAAUUGAAGAAAUUUAAGAAAUACCUUUUUAGUAUCCACUCUAAUAUUAAUAUCUAUAUUUCCCUUUUAUUUCCAUGUUAUGUACUUCAUGUAUAUUUUUUCAUAAGCGUUGGACUACCUUUUCCAUAUAAAUGCUCUCUAAUUAACCAAAAAAAAACACAGCAUUGUUACGGACGCAAAUCCACUUCUCCUUUGUGAAGAACAAAAUGGAUUAUGAUGGUGAUGGAAGUCCAGACAACGAACAGUAUACUUCAAUGAACCUCAUGUCAAAAGAGAAAAAGAUUUAUCAUCGUCACUCUCCUCAACAGAUUCAGAAACUAGAAGCUUAUUUCGAAGAAUGUCCUCAUCCAAACGAAUCACAAAGACAAAAGUUAUGCAAUGAGUUGAACCUCGAGAUAGACCAAGUCAAAUUUUGGUUCCAGAACAAAAGAACUCAAAGCAAAGCUCAAGAUGAGAGAAAUUCAAACAUAUGUCUUCGUGCUGAAAAUGAAAGGAUCCGAUGUGAGAAUGCUGCGAUGAAGGAGGCUUUAAAAAAUGUGACUUGUCCGCCUUGUGGUGGUCCUCUUUUUGGUAGUGAUGAACGCGAACAUAAUGUCCAUAAGCUGCGUUCAGAGAAGGUUCUCCUCAAAGCGGAGUGUGACAACAUGAAGGCAGCCGUGAACAAUUAUCAACAAAUCAUGUUGGACUCGCUCACUUCUGUUCAAAGGCAGCAAACCUUUGAAACUCUGACCUCAUACGGAAUGAAUCCAUACAAUCCCUUCAACCAACCUAGCUCCUCAGAAUCUCAUACCAUCCAACCACAACUACUAUCCCAAAUGGAUAUACCGCAACUGUCUGAAACUGCGGCGAUUGCGGUUGAAGAGCUUAAGCAGUUAUUUACAGAUGAUGCUCUUUGGGUUAUGUCGUCUAUCGAUGGAACAUAUAUGAUUGAUCAAGAGAGCUAUGAGAAGUUCUCUCAGUCAAUCAAACAUUUGAGGAACUUAAGUGCUCGCGUCGAGUCUUCUAAAGAUGUCACAGUGGUUCCUAUAGAGGCAACACGCUUGAUUGAAAUGUUCUUAGAUACGGAUAAAUGGAAAAUGCUUUUUCCAACGAUCGUGAACAACGCCACGACGAUUCGUACGCUCGGAUCCGAGCUUUCGACAAAAGAAAACUGCAAUGUCUUGCAAGUGAUAUCGGAGCAGCUACACAUAUUGUCGCCAUUAGUGCCACCAAGGGAGUUUAUGAUCGUUAGAUGCUGCCAACAAAUCAGUGACGGGCUCUGGAUUAUUGCUGAUGUGUCACACAACAUCGUUAACUCUGACCGAGUCAGUCCAUCUUGUUAUAAACGUCCUUCUGGUUGUCUCAUCCGAGCCUUGUCCAAUGCUAAGACUCAGGUAACGUGGAUAGAGCAUGUGGAAGUGGACCAUACACCCGAUACACAUCGGAUGUAUCGAGAGCUUGCAAGUGGCAGUUCAGGCUAUGGAGCUAGGCGUUGGAUCGUCACCCUUGAGAGAAUGUGUGAGAGAAUGGCUCUCUCAUCCAUCCCAAUCAUGCCGCCUACUGACUGGAGUGAAACUAUACCGACAGUGGAAGGAAGAAAGAGUGUGAUGAAAAUAGGGGAAAGAAUGUUGAAGAUCUUCAACGAAAUGCUGAUCAUGUCCGGGAAAGUUGAGUUCCCGCAGCAAUCAAAAUGUGGAGUCAGAAUUUCGAUCCGGAUGAACAUGGAAGCUGGUCAACCUCCCGGUUUAGUUGCCAGUGCUGCAUCUUGUCUCUCAAUCUCUCGCACUCCUUUGCAAGUCUUCAACUGCCUGAGAAGCAACAGCAUCCGUCACAAGUGGGACGCUCUUUGCCAUGAAAACGUAAUCACUGAGACCGCUCACAUUGCCACCGGAUCAAGUGAAACAAACUACAUCAACCUACUCCAGCAUACACUAGCCGGGGAUAUUGGAAAAAAUAUGGAACAAGAACCAGACAAGAAGAUGAUGCUGCUGCAAGAGUGUUACAUGGACGCAUUAGGAGGUAUGAUAGUGUACGCUCCUCUCGACAUGGCUCUAAUGAGCAUUGCUGCCUCUGGGAAAGUCGACCCUUUGAAAAUUCCAAUCCUUCCUUCUGGCUUCACCAUCUCAAGCGACAACAGCGGAGGAUCCAUGGCGAGUGAGAACGGUGGAACUGUACUCACGUUGGCUUUUCAGAUCCUUAUUACUGAUAAAAACAGUAAGAUCAAAAAUGUGACGGAGAAUUCAGUGGACAGUGUGAGUAGAUUGAUCAGUAAAACUGUUCAACGCAUCAAGAGCUUGUUCAAUUGUCCUCCUGAGUGAGUGAGAGAAUAUUCUCUAGAGGAUUCUUUUUUGUUCUUUUUUUUUCUUUUGGUUUUGAGAGAAUAUACUCUUUUGUUUUAUUUAUGCUUUUGUCUGAGAUAUUUUUAUUUAAUGGUGGAUUUUGGAUGAUUUCUAUUGCUUAUGAGA